UGAAAAGGCAAAAUCAGCGCCAAGAUAUUUUUGAAAUAGUCAUAAAGGACAACUAACGGCGUGUUGACGCGUAUACCGCAACCGUACGGUGAAUGUACAUAACCGUGUAAUUGUGUGAAACAGCAGCGCGACGCUCGUGUGAACAUAACGGAUUAACAAUUCAUGCGAAUUUGCUGUUGAAUGCCGAACGUUGGAUUAUAAUCAUAAUCAGGCGGCGCAGAAUGGAGCAAUGAGUGCAAUGAGUGAUUUAUCCGAUGGCAUCAAUGCCGCCUUUGAGGGCAAAGCAGUGCCUGAGGCGGAAAGUCCAAAGUGUCAAACAGAACAAAAGUUGUAAUAAUUGCAAUUUGUUUGAGCGAAGCGCUGAGAAGUUGAGAAGGGAUAAGAGUGAAUUGAGUGGCAUCAUACAUUUGAAAUGCGAUUGUGAAUGUGGAUUUAUUUCAAAAGCUGGUAAUUGACAGCAGUGAGCCGAAUAUUAAACAAAAUUAAUUCAUAAAUAAUAAUAAUAAUGAAAAUGGCGGUGGAAAUACAAAAAUGUGUAUUGGAGAAAUAUGAGUGUUUAGCUGAAUUCGCGCGAGUAUGAAAUAAAAUUUCUGAAAUGCACAAAAAAUCUUGCUGUCAUUUUUCUUUUUUAAAUAUUUGAUAUGCUUGGAGAACAUACUUUUGAAGUACUGUGCAAAUAUGAAAUCAUGAAAAGAAUACAAGAAUAUUUUACAAUGAAUAAAAUAAAAUACGCAAUAAUAAUAAAAAAUAUGAAAAUGUUUUGUGAAUGCCAGCUAUUUGCCUUUAAUUAAUGCAAAUUAAAUAUCGGUGCGACCAGUGAAUUGAGCGCUCAAUGCAAAAUAAAAAACAAACAUUAAAGAGUUUUCGGUUAAAGGCUCCCGAAACACUAUCAAAGGUGUGAGGUGAAAAAUAGUUAAGCACCACGUGUUUGCACAGCUGCAUGAAGUCGCAAUGAACAGUGAAACAAAUACAACAACACAGCGUAAUUAGUGCAAGUGUAAAGACCGGAGGUGGACGAAAAUGCUUGCAACUAGAAAAUCCUUAAUAAAUUUCCGUGUCACCACCACCUCUUAAAUGCACGCUAAUAAGCCCAAAAAAUGCGUUUUCCAUUGCGACGCAACGCGAAUGUCCUAGACACGCUCCUCACCGAGACUCUGCAAAUAUUGGUGGUGUUCAGCAUAAUGGGUUGGCCAUUUAGUGGCAUGCAACAGUGCGAAACCAAGGGCAUGAGUGCGGAACGGGUACAAAACCAACAAUUGAGUAAACAGCAGAAGCUGCAACAACAACAACAGCAUCUAGAAUUACAUUACCUGCACCAUCAGCAACACCACUACCCACAACAACAACAGCAGCAAAUGCAUAAGCUAGCGCCGCACACGCUCCAACAACACAACAUACAAACCAUCGGUGGUGAACCUUCGCCGGGAUUAGCAUACCGACACGACAAAGUGGAAUUAAUGACCACAACUGUAUCUUCAGCUAGAACCUCCCCUCAAACAGCAUCCUCGUCGAUGGCCUCGCCAUCAUGGUCAUCAUACUCGUCGGCGUCAUCAUCAUCAUCGCCAUCAUCAUUAGACACGCAUGACAUGCACUUCGCUACACCAAUAAUUACAAAAAAUUAUCAACACAAUAGGGCGCCCACAGGCGCUGCCGACGGCGACGCGGCGUAUACGCAACCCAUCACAACGAUCACAUUAACGGCUAACGAAGCCACUGCCCGUGCCACUGCCACCGUUCCGUUGAUGAGUGUUAGCGCUGCAACUGGUGUGGGCGUUGAGCCUACGGACAUGCGAAUUUACCCAGCGCGGGCCUCCACGUGGGCCCUGCACGCGCUGCAUCGGGUUUCAAAGGACACGCAACAUAACGGCGUUUACGCACAGCUUCCGCCUGUCAAUAGUGACAGCGCCAACGAUUCGCAAGAGAUCGAUAAUAUGGAUUACGUCAUGUCGGAACAUAUUGCUUCGCUGACGCAUACGACAGGCGACGACGGCGCAGCGAGUGUGAGCGCGAGUGCCGCACCGAGACUCACAGCACACGCAAAUAGUAAUAAAAAUCAUAGUAAUAACAGCAACAGCAACAAUAGCAACAGCCGCAGCGGCAACAUGAAUAUCAACGCUAACAAUAGCAGUAGUAGCAAUAAUCAAAUGCGGGACGAUUUGAGGUCCUUAUCGUUAUUAAGCGUAAGCGACCAUAAUAUGGAAAUAUCGGCCAUGGCACAGGAAAUGGCGGUGGAUGCGUCCUUGACAUCUUCCAGCUCAGCCGCCGCAGCAGCAGCAGCAUCACCAUCAUCGGCAUCGUUGUCAUCAUCGUCUUUGUUAUCCGAGUCAGCGUCACUUACGGCGGCUGAUCGAACAGCCAGCGAUGCAAGUGUUGCUGAUGAGAGCGCAAAUACCAUUACCAACAACAACAAUAACAUGCAACACCUUGGCACCCAGCGCAUUGCAUUGACAACGACGGCGAAAACAAAAACAACGCUGGCCACCGAGCACCAGCACAAUGCUGCUAAGUCACAGGCGAUUACAACAGCCGCCACCGGUGGCGCGGCCGGGCGUCAACGCGGCUCAGCGAAAAAGGUGGAGAGCAAAUACAUUCUACCCAAACCGCAGAAGACCGAUGCGCCAAUGCUCAACUACAUUUUCGAUACAUUUUCGACGGCGAACAAACAUCAUCAUCACGAUCAGCGAUAUGGACCGCACUUUGAGGAUGUGCAGCGCGUGGGACAGCCAACGAAUAUGACGGUGCAGGCGGGUAGCAGCAUACAUUUCAAUUGCAGAAUUUCGCUGCUGCAAGAUAAGACUGUGUCCUGGGUGCGUCGCAACGCACAGGGCGAAAAUGCACUCGACCUGCUGACGGUCGGUCUGCACACCUACACGGGCGAUAAGCGCUACAAAAUGGAGUUUCAAUAUCCCAACAAUUGGCGGCUGAAAAUCACGAACGUGAAGAAGGACGACGAAGCGAUGUACGAGUGUCAGAUAUCGACGCAUCCGCCGCGUGUGAUACAAAUUAAUCUCUUCGUUAAUGCACCGAAAGUGAUGAUUGUUGAUGAGUUCGGUGAUCCGCUACAGGAAAAAUAUUACGAAAUCGAUUCAACAUUGCAGCUGUCAUGUGUGGUCCGCAAUGUCGCCAUGGCCACAUCGGUCGUGUACUGGAAGCACGGCGUCGACGUGCUCAACUACGAUGUGACGCGCGGCGGCAUCAGCGUUAAGACGGAGCUGAUGGACGACGGCGCCAAUUCCACAUUAUCCAUAGCGAAAAUCAACAAGUCCGACUCCGGCAACUAUACGUGCGCAAUUAGUGAUUUCCAAAACUUCAGCAUAGUCGUGCACAUACUGAAUGGUGAAAGUUUCGCCGAACUGCAUCACGGCGCCGCAGCACCCACGGUUCCUAGCGCAUUCCACCAGCAGUUGGUCGUGCAUUGCGCGUUGCUCAGCCUGUUGUUGCUGCUCUUGCUGCUGCGCGCCCCACACCAGCCGUACACGCUCGUGCACAGGUAAAAGUUACUCAAUUAGCCAAACGGGAUAGCGCAAACGAAGUCCUAACCAACAAGGCAAGUAUGCGUUGGCAGAGGCGCCAACUGCCCGGCAGGCGGAGCGCCGAGCUGCGUCAUAGUUGAAUUUUUAUAAUUUCACUAAUUAAGUAGCUUAAGUAAAUUAAUGUGACAUUUAAUUGAAGCAAUUAGUUAACGAAGCGAUAAUUAAGACAACUUACAUACAUGCAUACAUACAUACUUAUAGUCAUAUUGUAUAAGGUAGUGGACAAAAAGUUGAAUUUAUAAAGAAAUUAAGAAAAAAAUGUGUAAAAAUUAAUUUAUUUUCAUGAUAAGUUGUAUGUUUGUGUGUGUAACGUGGAGUGGGUGAAACCACAAAGUUCAUUUAUUAUGAGCGUGAAACACAUUUUGUACAAAUACAAAUACAGACAUAUGUAUGUAUGUGUACAGAUAUAUGUGUUGAAAAUGCAAAGCAUAAAAAUAGCGAAAGGCAACAACAAAAAGCAAAUCAAUGACGAGAAUUUGCAUUAAAACCGAAAUUAAAAUCAAAAAUCGACUAAACGUUGCGCCAAAUCCCCGCUGAAUCCAAACAAUUUAAGUUGUUGCACAAACAGUACGCCAGCAUUGAGCAGUCGUGCAGCCAGCCGGGCGAAAUAUUUUGACAAUUUAUGCACCCGAAGGGGAUUACUGCAAAUCAUCGUUGCAUAAUUCAAGCGAAAAAGUCAAAUAUAUGCACUGAACAUUCCGACUGGAUGGCAGCACUGAAAAAAUAUCAAAACGAACACAAAAUAAACAGCAACAAGGCAACUAAUUGCAGCGGGAAAAACUGUAAAUAACGGUAAAUACGCGCAUAUGCAGCGCAUGUGAACUGCAAAAUAAUAGUGUAAACAGCAAAUUGGUGAUGUUAUUGUGUGCAUAAUGCGAAUUUGAAUGUGUUAUAAUUGGUGAAUAAAAUUAAUAAUUGUUAAACA